AUGUCUCCGCCAUCUCAUUUCAAGCUUAACACUGGUGCCCAGAUCCCCGCCGUGGGACUUGGCACGUGGAGAUCUGAACCUGGUCAGGUGCGGCAGGCAGUCUCUUACGCCCUCAAGAAUGGAUAUACUCACAUUGACGCAGCAUUUGGUGUCCCUCGUGAAAAGAUUUUCAUCACCAGCAAGUUGUGGAACACCCAUCAGCCCAACGUUGCGGAAGGUCUCCAGAAGACACUUAAUGCCUUGGGCACGGACUACCUUGAUCUCUAUCUCAUUCACUGGCCAGUCCGACUUGUUCCUAAUGAGUCGAGCGAGCUUCUACCAGUGAACCCCGAUGGCACACGAUCCGUCGACCGAUCCUGGGACCAGAGUGAGACCUGGCGCCAGAUGGAGGAGGUAUACAAGUCCGGCAAAGUAAAGGCGAUUGGCGUAGCCAACUGGUCCAUUCCCUAUCUAGAGGAACUGAAAAAGAAGUGGACCGUCGUCCCUGCUGUCAAUCAGGUCGAGUUGCAUCCCUUCCUUCCUCAGCACGCACUGAAAGAAUGGUGCGACAAACAUGGAAUCCUCCUCGAGGCUUAUUCGCCACUUGGCUCUGAGGGCGCUCCGCUCAUGUCCGAUCCUGUAAUCCAGGAGAUCGCUAAGAAGAAUGGUGUUUCGGCCGCCACGAUACUUAUCAGCUACCACGUCAACAGGGGGGUGGUCGUACUACCGAAGUCUGUCAAGGAAAGCCGAAUCUCGAGCAACAGUCAAGUCAUCCCUCUCUCUCAAGAGGAUAUGAAUGUGCUGAAUGGCCUGGCUGCCCAAGGAAAGGCGAAGCGUAUCAACACACCUCUGUUUGGAUGGGAUCUUGGAUUCGAUGACUGGUACAGUCAGUGA